AGAGGCUGAGCUCGGGGACUGCUUCUCCCGUGUGCCUAGCAACGGUUGCUAACAACUCAGGCUGUGGUUAAUCCCGAGUUUCUCUGGGUUUUUACUUUUCAGACUUUCAGCCGUAAGGCCCAGUGCAGCCAUGCCUCGAGGAAGAUCAGCUAUAAGCGCCCGCUCAGACAGCAGUGAGAUGGAUAUUGAUGGUACAGAAUCAGAGAUAGCCAAGCUGCAAAGACAGUUCAGGAUCAUGGAGGGGGAUCGGCAGGCCUACAGCAUUCAGGCUCGGGAGCAGAUCCGCAAACAACAGCAGGAGAUAGACAAGCUGCUGAAGGAGCAGGAGGAGCUGUAUCGAAACCUCGGGGUGUGUAAGAACUCGUCCCGCCAGCAGCAGGACAGCGAGGACACUGAGAGUCUUCGAGCUCUGCUGGAGCACAGAGACAUGCUGGAGGAGGAGCUGGAGAAAGAGAAGCAGUGUCAAAAAGAUCUAGAAAAAGAGAUCUCAAACAUGGAGUUGAAGCUGGCAGAGCUGAGGAAAGGGGAGGUCAGCACCAGUGACACACAAACGUCAGAGGUACGGCGGACUCAGAAGGUCAUACGCACACUGGAACACAAACUGGACAGAGCUUCGACCCGCUUCAAUGAACAGCUGACCAAAAACAGCCGGCUGAGAGAGGAGAUACAGACGCUUCAUAUUGAGCGUGUCCGAUUCCAGCAGCUACGCAACAGGCUGGACAAGGAGCUGCAGGAGGUCCGCAAGAGGAUCGGGGAAAUGAUCAACCUGUCCACUGCUGCUUACGAUGCGAGGGUGGAGGCUCAGUCCAAAAUGAGCAUGAUGAGGGACAAGGCAGUGAAGGACCUCGCCCAGUACAACGCUGAGAUGAAGGAACUGGAGAGAGUUAUCGCACACGAGUCCUGCCUGAAAGAGUUCAUGACGACCAAGUGCAGCGAGAGGAGCGGGCAGGACGACGGCCCCGAGCUGGGACACAGACGUAUGUCAGAGGUGAAGGAGCAGCGGAGGAUGGACUCGGGGGAGGAGUCGCUGGACGCUCUGGAGGAGGUUUUUGAGAGGAUCCAGGCAGUGACAGGAGAGGACAACCUGGACAUGCUGGUCACCAGGUUCAUCCAGGUCGAAGACCGGAACUUUGCACUUUUCAAUUUUGUUAAUGAGCAAAACAAUGAAGCUGAAGCACUGAGGGAUCAAAUCAGCCAGAUCCAGGAAGAGAUGGAGCAGUAUCGAGUGAAAGGUCUGCAACAGGAGCACGAUCAUCGCUCUCUGCUCAGAGACAUUGACGAACAACAGAAGGAAACUGAAUUCCAAGUUCAAGACUAUGAAAACCAAGCCAGCAUCAUAAGCAAAAUCCUGGACGAGAUUAAAACAGGAGUGAACAGCACCUUCUCUAAAAUGGAGUGUGACCGCUCAGUGAUAGAGGACACGCUGGGCUCCUCGACGGGGAUCAGCGAGAACAACAUCAUGUCUUAUCUGGGUCUGGUGGAACAGAAGACUAAUGAGCUGCUCACCAUACAAGCUUUCCUCAAUUCUAAAGAUCUGGAGAAGGACUACAAUCCCAAAGACCUGGCCAAAUUCCUUUUGGGUCAAAAUCCAGAGCUUCAGCAGAAUAUCAGUAUCCAACCUGCAGUCAACAGUGUGGAUUAUGAUGCAGAAGAGUCUCCUGUCACUGACGAAGAGGAACGGCCACUUUCACAAGAGGAACUUCGCAAAAAAAUAAUGAAAGGGGUUCUGCAGAGAGAGAGUUCAGCGCGGCAGGCAGCAACCAAAGCCUCAAAGGUCAGUCAGCAGUUCGAAGGCAGACGUCGCUCCCUGGACGAUGCACUGAUCUGACACACUGACCUGAUCAGCGUAUCCUCGUCAUUAUCUGCAGUUAAAGGGUCUGUUUUUACCACAGCACAGAGCAACGGAUGCUGUGACCGCUGAUAGGUCCAGUUUGAAGUCUUGCAGCUUAUGCACGUUAAACAUUUAAAGCUUAAUUAUGUUAUGUGUAUGUCACCUUUUAUGAGGAAUCAUUAGCAUGGCCUGCUAUAUUAUAUCUCGGUGUGAUUUGUUUUAGUUGGGGCUAAUUAGGUUUGGAGCUAUAAAGAUGCCUUUUCAGACUCUGGUAACCAGCUGUCCUUUUGAUGUGGGACUUGCCAUCUGGCUUUGACUCUACAAUCUGGUCUCAGUACAGCCCUCCCACACUGGCAGCACUUCACUACAUGAUACUUGCUGCUAUGCUCAGACAAAAAGGUUGGGGGCAGCAGAACCUUUUUGUAAUUCUAAUUGGCAUGCUGAGACCUUUAUUCUGAGUGUCCAAAAAGGAGGUGAGGGGCCUUUAGGACUUCAGUGCACACAUUGAUUUUCAAUACAUUUCUCUUGAUGGACUAAUAAUGAUUAUUCUCAGAUGAAUUUUUGAUGAAUCACACUCGUUUAUUCAGUUUUCUGUCAUAAAUCAGUGUCAUUCUUUAAAUAAACUAUAAUGGAAAUAUGACAUUUUUUAUUAAAUUCUCUGCUCACGUUCA